CAUAUGUACACAUCUCAAACAUAAUUCUUAUAUACGUCAAAUCAAAAACACGAAACAAGCCAUGUAUAGGGAAGGUAGCUUUUAUCACACGGGGAAGUGGAAGCGCCGUAAGUCCUGCAAGCUGCGCUUCUCGAGUGAGAGUUUGUGGGAGCCGUCCUAUCUAAAGGCCAAAUGCAAGGAGUUGGGUCUGGAGGAGGAAUACUUGAGGUACCAGAUCCGACUUAUGAUCAGUUACCUGCGCGUGUUCUUCGUUUUGAAUAUAAUAGUCACCGCCCUUCAUUGCUUUGUAAUCAUAGUUUUCACCAAUUACAAGCAUUCGCUUAUUGUCGACAUACCAUUCUUCUUAGUGCCCUCUGCUGCAAUUCUUCUUUGUUUAAGUAUCAAUUUCUUUGAGCAGUUUGUUCUGCGCCACAGGUGGGUUAUGACGGCUAGCUCGAUUGCAGCUACCAUUAUUUCAGUGUCCGCAGAUAUUGGUAAGUGCGCUUACCAUUACAAUUGGACGUUGAAUAACACGUUCGAUACCUAUAAUCUGUGCAUGAUAUACAUGUUUCUGCCAAUAACCUCAUUAGUCCUGGCCGUGUCCCUGGGCUCGUUAGUGAGCCUGGCUUACAUUCUGUAUUUCCUAUACUGCAUGGCAUACAUGCGCUUUUACAGCGGAGAUAAAGAGUUCGGCCUUGCGACCGUAGACGUCUUCCACUACCUUUGCUUCAAUAUGCUGGGCAUGUUCUUCCGCAUGAUGAACGACGCGCUUGUACGCUCCUCCUUCCUAGACCGCCACCAGUUCAUGAUGGAGGAGCUCUGGCUCCGGAACGCCCGCAGACAGGAGUCGAUGCUGCUGAACAGCAUUCUGCCGCCACAGAUAGCCAAGUCCCUUCAGAAGUCCAUCAAGGAACGGAUCAUAGAAACCGAUAACGGUCUCAUGUUUCAGCGAUCCCGGGUGCACUUCUCCAGUCUCAUGGCUAUCCAGAUACACCCGGACGUCAGUAUCUUGUACGCGGAUGUGGUUAACUACACCCAUCUUACGACGACUCUCACAGUGGAAAAACUAGUCCAGGUUCUACAUGAUCUCUACGCCAGAUUCGACAUGGCGGCCUCAAUGUACAAGGUCCAGCGCAUAAAGUUUUUGGGUGACUGUUACUAUUGUGUGGCGGGUCUAAGUGAGCCGGAUCCUGAUCAUGCCAUCUGUGCCGUGUCUCUGGGAAUAGCUAUGAUUGCAAAUAUCCAGGAAGUUAGGAAAAAACGGGAGUUAAACAUUGACAUGCGAAUAGGAGUCCACUCGGGAAAUCUAUUUGCAGGAGUUAUAGGGGUUGCAAAGUUGCAGCUUGACAUUUGGGGACCCGACGUGGACAUUGCCAAUCAUCUGGAGUCCACUGGCGAACCGGGCUUUGUACAUGUCAGUGGCAGGACUUUGGCCAACUUGAACGUUGAGGACUAUAUAGUUAUUCCGGGCACUGACAAGGCCCAAAGAGAUCCCGUGCUGCAGAAACAUCCGAUGAGUACCUACCUUAUAACCGGAGCUGCACCAAGCGACUCAUGCAGACGUUCCAGGCAAUCACAUCUAGCUUCUAUGCUGGACAUUCAAACCCGACCAAAGUAUCAUAGCAGAAGCUCAAACCAAAUGUCGCCCACGGAUGAGUUGCAGCAGGAGUUUCGCAAUAUGCCAGUUGGAGGUUUUGACUUCAGUUGCUUGUCUAGGAAGGAUAAUAAGGAUCAACACAGAAAAGAUCUUGGAAUAUUUUGUGCCGCUUUCAGAGAUGCAAGGCUAGAAUGGGAUUUUCUGCGUAGACCUGACUAUAUGCUUAAAUACUCCAUAGUUAUGGCCUGGCUUAUCGGAAACUGCUUAGUAUUCAUCCAGAUCGUGACUAACCAAAGGAAUUGCCAUACCUGCAUUGUGGUGGAUAUAUUCGCAUUCUUUUAUUUAACCACUCUCGUUUGCAUUUCGUGGUAUAAAAAAUACUGCCACUGGAUGUAUAGAAACGAUGAGGAAAGGCGGUACGGCCGCCUUAGCUGCAGGAUUUUCAAAUUCUUUGAGGGGAUUCAGCAAAGCAUGUCAAGACGCCUUUUAGUUUACUUGUCUAUAAUAGCCAUAUAUUUUUCAGUGAUAGUUUUGAUAGUGAUAAAUUGUGAUGCUGGUGUGUUCCAGUUAAACUUCAUUGAGUCAAAAUUGUAUAGGUAUGAAGUAAAUCGGGACGUGUGCUUCCAUCCCUGGGCCUUCACCAACAUGAUGGCUCUAAUCCUUGGAAUGAGCUACACGUUCACCAGGAUUUCUUUCUCGCUGAAAAUGAUAAUAAGCCUGGUGGAGGUCGUUGUGUAUUUUAUGUUUCUGUUCUUACAGUUUACAUAUGUAUUCCACCACAGUGUGACUACGUCUCCCUAUUUGAUCGCGGAAGUAGCUCACUCUACGCGAAUAAUUGUCACAUUUGUAACGUUCUAUCUAAAAGAACGGCAGGUGGAGUUCAACACAAAGACAAAUUUCAAACUUAAUAUAGAUCUGCAGAACAAGCAACAGGCAGCCGAUAUAACCAACCAGUCGAUUCUCAUCCUGCUCAACAACCUUCUACCCUCCCACGUUGUCGCAGUGUACCUAACAAACAUUGCCAAGCACCAGCUCUAUUACGAAAACUACGACAUGGUCUCGGUCAUGUUCGCCUCGUUAAUCAAUUUUCAAAUGGAUUUGCCUAGUCUUCGAGUAUUAAAUAACAUAGUCACCGAGUUUGAUAAAUUGCUUAUCGUCUACAAGGAAUACUUUGUGGUUGAAAAAAUAAAGGUCGUUGGAUGCACAUACAUGGCUGCUUGCGGAUUAGAUUUUAACCUGGUCGAAAAAAGCGCUAAAACAGUUGGAAAUAUAUCUGAGCGAUUGUCACGCAGCGUAACGCUUUCGGGUUCUGUACGAAGCGAGGUAUACCACGACGAGGUUGUGCUAGUUAUGGCCACCUUCGCCCUGGACCUGAUGCGAACUCUCUCUGUUUGCAACAACACGUAUGCGGACUUACCAACUGACCGAGACCUGAGCAGCGGAGAAAUCUGCAUCGGCAUUUCCAGCGGGGAGAUAAUGGCCGGAGUGGUCGGGGCCUCCCAGCCGCACUACGACAUCUGGGGAAAUCCUGUAAACUUGGCUUCCCGGAUGCAGUCGACAGGCUUGGCCGGCCACAUACAAGUGACCGAAGAAUCGGCGAAUAUUUUGUCUGAUUACGGCAUUAGCAGUACUUAUCGGGGCAUGACCUUUGUUAAGGGAGUUGGCGAAAUUCCGACGUAUUUUGUGGACAUCAGCAACGGCUAUCAAUUUAUUUUCAUCCCUGGACCUCAAUUAAACAGGCGCGGUUCAACUCUAUACCCAUUCCAUGCUGAUUUGAGGUCCGCAGAGAAAGAGGAGGAGACGUAGCUCCAAUCAUUUACAAUACUAU